CAUAUCAAUGCCAGUCAGUGCCACCUAUCAGUGCUGCCUAUCCGUGCCAGUCAGUGCUGCCUAUCAGUGCCAUCAGUGCCGCCUAUCAGUGCCUAUCACUGCAGCCUCAUUAGCUCACAUCAGUGAAGGAGAAAAAUCACUUAUUUACAACAUUUUAUAACAAAAACUAAGAAAAAACUUUUUUUUUUUUUUCAAAAUUUUCAGUUGUUUUUGGUUUGUUUAGCAAAAAAAUAAAAACCCAGAGGUGAUUAA